CACAAAAACCACAAGUUUUAUAUCCAAAUCAAGCAAUUCCAUCACCAGUUUAUACAAAUUUAAAUGAAUUAAAGAAAGCAGCUGCACGUAAAUUUCAAAAUCGUAAUUCUCCCACUGUGAAUACAAUCCAGAGUAAAGGCGAAACUCUACAGAAUAAUGAUAACAAUUCAUCAUUGUAUGCCAAUCGUAAAUUCAGUUUACAAUUGAAUAAUAAUAAUAAUAAUGAAUCAAUGCUUACUCCAACAGGUUUAGGUGAAUCAUUUCAUGUUAGUGAUAUAAACAACAAACUGAAUUCAGAUUUAUCACAAUCCUCUUCACAUUUCAUUUGGCCACCAAUAACAACAUUAGAUUCUGUCCAUAGUAGUGAUUAUAGAAUGUCAGAAAUCAGUUCUCCUUCAAUUAUACAAUCAUCAAUGUAUCCAUCCACUACUUCUGUUACUGCUAUUGCUACGAAUGGAAAUACUCAUAAUACUAAUAAUACUACUACUAAUAAUAAUAUGAGUAGUUUAUCUGAUGCAACACAAUCUUCUACAUUCGACAACAAUAAUACAGAUAUUGGUUACAUAAAUACCAUUGUUAAUUCUGGUACAUCAACAUUUCGACGACGUCAGUCGGAAUAUUUUAAAAAAUCACUAGAUUCAACAUUAUCAAAUGGCAGUGUGUGUUCAUCUCCUCCACCUCCUAUUGCUCCUUUACCUAUUGCUCCUUCUUCAUUAAGUCCAUCAUCUUCGAUUGGGAAAAAUUCCAAUAAUUAUGCUUCAGUGACACCAGGUUUAAUACGUCGUGGUAGUCAGG